AUGAUAUUGGAAGUAGACGAAAAUGAUAUAAAUAUUUUUAAAGAAAAUGAAAGUUAUAAUAUUAACAAUAAUUUUACAAUAAACAGUAAUAAAGGCUUGGAAAAAGAUACAAAAAUAUCUUAUUCCAAUAUUAAAGUCGUGGUUGGGCUAGACUUUGGAAUAAAAUACUCCGGAUUCUCUUAUUGUCAUGUUGCUAAUAGUAAAGAGAUAUGUUCAAAUGAUAUGUGGCCUGGGGAUACGAUCCGACUUAAAACCAAUACAGUUCUUCAAUAUGAUGAAGAAUUUAAUAAUGUGGUUUAUUGGGGUGCCCCAGCUUUGGCUAAAAAACCAAAACGAAGACAAAAUAGUAAGGAAAAUCCUCCAGUUAAAUUGUGUCUGGGCCAACAUGAUGAUUCAAUGACGAUACUUCCAAUUGAUUAUAAAAAAGCUAUUACCGAUUUUCUUAGAGAAAUUGGAAAGGUCAUUAAAGAAAGAAUUGAAUGCUGCUGGCCUACAGCUAAUUAUUUUGAAAAUGUAUUAUUAGUUAUUGCUGUCCCUGCAAAAAAAUAUACACCAAAAGAAAUGGCUAUUAUGGAAGAAUGUGUAUUUCACGCAAAUCUCGUUAAAGAAAGAGACUCAAUAAAGUUGCAAUUUAUUACAGAAUCUGAAGCCGCAGCAUUAUAUUUGGUGAAAAAUAUAUCACCUAAUGUGGGAGGGACAAUAAUGAUCGUUGACUGUGAUAAAAAUAUUGUAGAAAUAACUAUUCGUACAUUGAUUGGAAAUGAUCGAUUAGGUGAAGUUACCGCACGCAUUGGAGAGUACUGUGGAAGUGCAUUUAUUGAUAAAGAGUUUAUGAGAUUUUUACGUGAAAGAUUUGGAACUUGUGCCAUAGAUCAAUUAAAAGAAAACUAUAAUGGUCAAUUACAAUAUAUGGUCCAAAAAUUUUGUCAACAUGCGAAAGAACCCUUCACAGGAGGUGAUCCCGAAUUUUCUUAUGUGGUUGAUAUUGAAGAUACUGCACCAAAUUUAAUAAGAUACGUCAGUGAAGAAACUAGGAAAAUCAUGGAAGAUAAUCAAUGGAUUAUUGACAUUGAAUAUAAUGACAUAAAAAAAAUGUUUGAUCCUGUUAUUGAUAAAAUUAUCCGUUUGAUACAUAUACAAAUUUCAAACAUUCAAGAAAAUCGUUCGACAGUGUGUUUAAUUGGAGAAUUUAGUGAAAACAAAUAUUUACAAAAUAGGAUUAAAGAAGAAUUUGGUCAUCGAGUAAAUGAAAUUUUAGUUCUCACUCUACCCACUGCAACAGUUGCACGUGGAGCUGUAACUUAUGGAUUGUCUGUAAUUGAUGGAUUGUCUGUAAUUUAAAAUAGGUAAAUUACAAUUUAUUACUUAUAAAUAUGAAUAAUGCGAAUGAAGUGCGUUUACUAAUCAGAAGAUAAAUUAAAUAACUUUAU